ACGGCGAGCUGGGGGCGGUGACACCGGGCAUGGUGGCGGGGACGACCUUGGAUCCGGAUCAGGUUGAAAGAAGGCUGACGCAGCUCGAAGAUGGACAGAAAACCCAAUCGCAAAAACAAGAGGAGGACAACACCAGCACUCGGCAGAGCUUGCAGCUUCAGAAGGGUGAAAUUGAGAAGCUCGGAGGGCGACAAAGCGUCACGGAGCGGCAGCUGGGGGGACUGGAGCAGAAUUUGAAUCAGCAGGUCGUGGACAAGGUUGCGCAGCUGCGAGAUAUGGUUGCCGCCAAGGUCGAACAGGACUCGUUGCAGCAGGUCACGGCGGACGCCCUAAACGCGGCUACCACACAAGCACAGCAGGUACUAUUAAAGUAGAGCAGGUUGAUGUAGUUCAGUACAUACUUUUUUCAGAUUGUGACUCAAAACUACUUCUCGUGCUACAACUUCCGUUGUGCCCUUGCGUCUCGGCUCGUUUGCAAAUUUUUACCUCGCUUAUGCGCUGAUUGCAGCGGCCUUUUUUCUUUUUCAACGUGGUACAUCUCGCUACUAGAACAUGCGAACGCGAACCAACUUAGACUUACUAAAAAAAAUUUUCAUACUCUCAGUCGGUGGAGCAGAUGAAGGCACCUCUGAAAGACAGCGUUGCCCAGUCGGUGAUUUCGCAAAAUGCCGACGAGACGGAAACAGCCAAGAUGAUGAUCAUCGUUGCUCUCGGGCUGGGCGGAGCCGCACUUCUUUUCGGGGCCCUUUUAACGAUUUUUUUCUGCUACAAGAUGAACGCACAACAGCAAAUGCUCGACGCGAUGAAGCAAACUACGUUGAACCGGGCCGCCACCGCGGACCGCCUGUCUCAAGUUUCACACGUCCUUGAAGAACCUCAGCAGUCUGUCUGAGCUGCGAAAACCCGGCCCACAAAAAACCAGCGCUGUCCUUUCUGUAAUUAUGUAAGUAUCCUUUCUCUUGUACAUGAAUGAAGAUAAGGUGGCGAGGUCAAGACCACGCUCUGCCCUGACAGAGUUGAGCUGUGAUACAUUCUUUUAGUGCCACCGAAAAUUUGAAUAAACCGAGAAGAAGCGUUCGAUUUUGCAGUGCCCGCCAUGUCGCGCUAUUAUAGAUGGCUUCAUGGUCGUGCUGAGUGCUGACUAAAGUCCCCAUGUGAAAUAAAUAUAAUUUUUUUGUUUCACUAGUAUGUUUGUAUAUGUAAUAUGUGUAAAUGCAACAUCAUAAAUGUAAAUCGCUUGGCGUAACCAAGACCAACCCAAUGUAACGACAAGAAGAUUGUAGCUCAUGCCCGAUCAGUCGACAGAAGUGUGUGGUGGAU